UCUCGGUUGCCAUAAAAAACAUAAAUCAAGAAAAAUUGCAAGGGAGAGUCGCAAGGAAGCCCUACCGUAGUGGCGUCGAUCUGCCCUUCGCCGACGGCUCCACCGCCUCCUCCUCUCGGAGCCGGACCACCCGAUCUCACCUCCUACGCGGCCGUGCGUUUUCUCUCUACGCCUUCCUGUCUCAUCUAAGUCUCUUGCGCACCCCGCUGCCGUGAUCCGCUCCCGAACCCUUCCUAAGCCUGGGGCCUCCCUUCGAUCGCUUCGGCCGAAGCCUGUCUUGUGCUGUUGAUGCUCCUUUCGCAGUCGCGAACGAUGUCCACUGCCCUCUCGAAAUCCUCGGAGUUGUCACUCUUGUGCAGGAGACUUGAGUAAUAUCGCUCACCUCCUAGGUGAUUAUCAUUGAACUUUUGAGAUUGUUGGCCUUAUUGUGGAAGUUAAAUGGUUCGUGAAGAAAGAGAUGAUAAAGGGUAACCAUAGAGGAAGUAACUAAUUUAUCCCUGCAUACUGGUUCAUCAUCAUAUGCUGGAUGGAAGAUUUUAAUUUUGCUGUCGGGCGGCAAUUCCCUGAUGUCAAAACUUUUAGGAAGGCGAUAAAAGAAGCUGCUAUUGCACAACAUUUUGAACUUAAGAUUAUAAAGAGUGAUCUGAUUCGCUACUUUGCCAAGUGUGCCAAGGAAGGUUGUCCAUGGCGAAUUCGUGCUGUAAAGCUGCCAAAUGUACCAACUUUCACCAUAAGAAGCAUUGAAGGGACACAUACUUGUGGCAAAGAUGCACAGCUAAGUCGUAAUCAGGCAUCUGUUGACUGGAUUGUCAAUCUCAUAGAGGAGCGGCUACGAAGCAAUGUUAAUUACAGGCCAAAGGACAUACUUCAAGACAUUCAGAAACAGUAUGGGAUUAGUAUUCCAUACAAGCAAGCUUGGAGAGCGAAAGAAAGAGGUCUGACUGCCAUAUAUGGAUCCUCUGAAGAGGGUUACAGUCUUCUUCCAGCAUACUGUGAGCAGAUAAAGCUAAGAAACCCUGGAAGUGUUGCUCAAGUAUUUACUACAGGUUCGGACCAUCGUUUCCAGAAAAUUUUUGUUUCGUUUAAUGCAUCAAUUCAUGGCUUUUUGAAUGGUUGUUUGCCCAUCAUUAGCCUUGGUGGAAUUGAACUCAGAAGUAAGUAUCUUGGCACGCUGCUUUCUGUGACAUCAUUUGAUGCUAAUGGUGGAAUGUUUCCAGUUGCUUUUGGUAUUGUUGAUAUGGAGACAGAUGAGAGUUGGAUGUGGUUCUUGUCAGAGUUCCAUAAACUACUAGAUACGAGCACUGAAACCAGACCUCAGCUUAUUGUACUAUCCAAUGGACAGACAGUUGUUACUGAAGCUGUGAGAAGAAAAUUUGCUACUGCAUACCAGGGAAUAUGCAUGCGACACUUAACAGAAAGCAUGAACAAAGAAUUCAAGAACUCAAGGCUUGUUCAUCUUCUUUGGAAGGCAGCUUAUUCUGUCACCACCAGUGGCUUUAGGGACAGGAUGGCAGAAAUUGAAGAAGUCUGUGCAGGAGCAGCCAAAAGGAUUCAGCAAAUUCCAGCUAACCAUUGGGCAGUGGUUUAUCUUGAAGGUCCACGCUAUGGACAUCUUUCUUCAAACAUUGAGGAGUUCAAUAGAUGGAUACUUGAAGCUCGUGAACUACCUGUUAUUCAAGUUAUCGAAAGCAUCCAUGGCAAAUUGAUGAAGGAAUUUAGCGAACGCCAUGAAAAGGGUUUAAAAUGGACGUCUAGACUUGCCCCUGCAGCUGAAAGACACAUUUCGGAAGCCAUUGAGUGGGCUGUUGGAUACCAAGUGCUUCGUUCUGAUGAAGUAGAAUUUGAGGUUCUGUCAGCUGAUUGUUCCAGUAUUGUAAAUAUUGGCAUGCGCUCUUGUUCUUGUCGUGAGUGGCAGUUGCAUGGCAUACCCUGUUCUCACGCUGUUGCAGCCCUCCUGUCAUGUAAGAAAGACAUCUAUGAAUAUACAGAGAAGUACUUCACUGUCACGAAGUAUCGGGAGACAUAUUCUAAGCCAGUGUAUCCAAUUCCAGACAGAAGCGAGUGGAAUAAAGCCACCGAGGGUCAGGCACACAAUGAAAAUCAAGUGGUUCGUCCACCGAAGUUUCGUCGUCCUCCAGGACGCCCUGAAAAGAAGCGGCUUUGCAUGGAGGUGAGCAAUCGUGAAAAACAUACCGUGCAUUGUAGUCGGUGCAGCCAAACAGGACACUACAAAAGAACAUGCAAAGCAGAUAUCAUCCAGAAGACAUAACCUGUUGGUAUCUUGAUGGCCAACUGUAUAUCCCAUUAGUUUUGUUGGAGGCAUAUGUAACAUAUCAGGUAAAUCUUUAAUUUGCCAUACAUUUUUAUCUUGUUUGGAGUUAAAAUUGCUUUUGAAUGCCUUUCAAUGUUUCUUGGUUUGUUCGUUCUGCAUAGUUGCCUGUAGUAGUUUUCUCACUAGGAAUCAAUUGCUUAGACAAACUAAUUUUAUAGGCUAAUUUCGAUGGUGUAUCAUCAGUGUCA